AUGCCGGCAACCAACCAGGGCUGGCCUGAGGCGUUUGGGUUCAAGAUAAGCGGGACUGGCCCAUGCUACAUCCUCUGGGUGCAGGAGGGCAGCAGUGCCGCUGUGGCAGGGCUGCGGCCAGGCGACGAGGUGCUGGAGAUCGAAGGGCAGCCCGUCUCCUCGCUGGGCUGCGAGGCACUGCUCGGGCUGGCCAGGCGCUGCGGCAAUGUGCCCCCCAGCAUCGGGGUGGUCUCCCGCCUGCAGCACGCCAACAUCCCCCCCGGGCCCCAGGGAUGCUUCGGCUUCGAGUUGGCGAGUGGCAGCCCCCCACAAGUGGCCAGCGUCAGCCCGGAGUCGCCGGCUGCUGCCUGCGGGAUUGAGCCAGGGGAUUAUGUGCUGGAAGUCAACGGGAACGCCGAUGGCGUGCACCAGGAGAGGAGGCAGAAAGCACGGGAGUUCAGCAAAAAGGUGGAUGACAUCCUCGGUGACCAGCCAGAGGUCAGGGAGAAGGUGUUCACCAUCCUGAAGCAGUAUGCAGCAGAGCGGAAGGUGGAGUACUUGGCCUAUGCCCUCUGCAUGGUCCUCACCCAGGAGUCCCACCAGCAUCUGAUCGACAACAUCAGGAUUUUCAUUCCCAAGAAGCACCGGCAGCGCUUUGAUGAGGUGGUGUCUCAGAGCCUGAUCAGCAAGCUCUGCCGCUCCAAGAGCGAGCAGCACAGCAACCGGCUGCGACGCAGCCGGAGCGAGGACCACCAGGAGCGGCUCCUGGUCUCCACCCGCGCCAGCUCCGUGCCCCGCAGCCACGAGGAGACCAGCAAGAGCCUGCGGAAAACCACUUCGCUCAUCACCAGCAAUGUGGCCUCCGGGGCUGCCCGCAGAACUGUGCGAGUUUAUAAAGGCAACAGAAGCUUUGGCUUCACACUACGUGGCCAUGCCCCGGUGUGGAUCGAGUCUGUCCUGCCAGGGAGCCCGGCUGAGAAGGCAGCUCUCAAAGCUGGAGACCGGAUCCUCUUCCUCAACGGUCUCGACAUGAGGAACUGCUCCCAUGACAAGGUGGUGUCAAUGCUGCAGGGCAGCGGGGCAAUGCCCACUUUGGUGGUGGAAGAGGGGAUUGUCAACUUCUCCAAUGACUCUGACUCUGCUGACUCCCCGAGCGCCUCCUCCGCCCUCACCUCCCUGCAGUGGGUUGCAGAGAUACUCCCCUCUAGCAUCAAGAUCCAAGGAAGGACCUUCACCCAGCAGCUGGAGCACUUGCUGACCCCCCCUGAGCGCUACACCAUCUGCAAAGCGCUGGAAGGCUUCUUCCAACAUCGGAACAUUGACACUCUCAUUGUGGAUGUGUACCCGGUGCUGGACACACCAGCCAAGCAAGUCAUUUGGCAGUUUAUCUACCAGCUGCUGACCUAUGAAGAGCAGGAGCACUGCCAGCAAAAGAUUGCCAGGUUUCUUGGUUACAAGGCUUUGCGUGCUGGCCCCACUCCCACCUUGUCUCUUGAGGCUGAGCCAGAAGCAGAGGACCGCUACCGCAGCUCGGUCCGAGGGGCCUCCUUGUGCCGGGGAAGCCUUCGAACCCCCCGCCCCGAGGAAGGGGGGGCAGCAGGACAGAGCGACACAGUGGAGGUCCCCGUUCGCCUGAUCCCUGGAGAGAGACAGGCUGGCGACGGCACUUCCCUCCCAGAGACCCCCAACCCCAAAAUGAUGUCAGCUGUCUACGCAGAGUUAGAGAACCGCCUGCUUGGCAGCUACGCCGGCAAGAUGGGCAGUGCUGCCCUGCACAGAGCAUCGCCACCUGCCCCAGAGCUGGCACACGCUGCAGGUACUCGCAAGUCAGGGAUGGCAAUCUCAUGGCCAAGUGACCCUCUGGCCUCUCAGCAGUGCUACUACCGCCUGCACAGCAGCGUGGCCUCCCCAAGCAGCACCGAGUCCAACCCCUACGUCAGCCUCGACAGCAGCCCGGCGCCAUCCCCCAAGCACCGGGGCUACCCGCUCAGCCCUCUGUCACGACAGAAGAAGCUCUUCACCUUCUCCAGGCCCCUGCGCAGCCGCGACACCGACCGAUUCCUGGAUGCACUGAGUGAGCAGCUGGGACACCGUGUCACCGUCGUGGAUGAUUUCCUUACCCCUGAGAAUGACUACGAGGAGAUGAGUUUCCACGAUGACCAGGGCAGCUACGUCACCAACGACGUCAGCAGCAGCGAGUACAUCAGCAGCAGUGAUGAGGGCAGCUCCCUCACCUACUCCACGCUCUCGGACCACAUCCCCCCGCCGCCGCUCAGCCCCCCGCCACCACCGCCCCCGCUGCAGUUCAACGACCCCCAGCCCGUCCCCACCAAGGCAGAGGCCACCAAGUCUGGUACAUCACCUGCCCCCAAAUCCCUCAUUGGGCACCUGCACCCCAUCCCGCCACCGCCACCGCCGCCGCCGCCGCCACCAGUGCCCUGCGCGCCCCCCCUGCACCGGGGGCUGCUGCACCGGCGCAGCGAGUCCAACCACAUGAGCGUCAAGAGGCUGCGGUGGGAGCAGGUGGAGAACUCGGAGGGGACCAUCUGGGGUCAGCUCGGGGAAGAUUCAGAUUAUGACAAGCUGAGUGAUAUGGUCAAAUACCUUGACCUGGAGCUGCACUUUGGGACGCAGAAGCCCACAAAGCCAACUCUCAUGCCUGAAAACUUUAAAAAGAAAGACGUGGUUGAAAUUUUGUCCCACAAAAAGGCCUACAACACAUCCAUCCUCAUAGCCCACCUCAAGCUGUCGCACAUUGAGCUGCGCCAGAUCCUCAUGACAAUGGAGACAGACCGCCUGGAGCCCUCCCACAUCAAGCAGCUCCUGCUGUAUGCCCCGGAUGGGGAGGAAGUCCAGCGCUUCCAGAGCUACAAGGAGAACCCCGGGAAGCUGAGUGAGCCCGACCAGUUUGUGCUGCAGAUGUUGGCAGUACCAGAAUACAAGAUCCGCCUGCGCAGCCUACAUUUUAAGACCACUCUGCAGGAGAAGACAGAGGAGAUCAAAGCUAGCUACGAGUGCAUCUGCAAGGCCUCGCUAGAGCUGAAAAGCAGCAAGAAACUGGCUAAGAUCUUGGAGUUUGUGCUGGCAAUGGGAAACUAUCUGAACAAUGGGCAGCCCAAGACCAGCAAAACAACAGGCUUCAAAAUCAACUUCCUCACUGAGCUGAACACAACCAAAACUGUUGAUGGCAAAUCCACCUUCCUGCACAUUCUUGCCAAAUCACUUAGCCAACAUUUCCCAGAGCUCCUGGGCUUUGCCAAGGAUCUUCCUACAGUGCCGCUCGCUGCCAAAGUGAAUCAGAGAACACUAACAGCUGACCUGAAGGACCUGCACACCACUGUCAGUGACAUACAGAUGGCCUGUCACAGCAUGCCAGCUACUGCAGAGGACAGAUUUGCAAUUGUGAUGUCCUCCUUCUUGGAGAGUGCCCAGCCUGCCAUGCGAUCCCUGGAUGACCUGCAGCACAAGGCCAUGGAAGAAUUCAGCAAGGUGUUGUCCUUCUUUGGGGAAGACUCGAAAAUGACAACUUCUGAAGCUUUCUUUGGCAUUUUUGCAGAAUUCAUGAGCAAGUUUGAGCGGGCACUCAGUGAUGUGCAGGUCGGCGAGAGCCAGCGCAGCCCCAGGAUGAGCUCCCCCCUCGCCUGGUGA